AUGUAUACGGAUGCAGGAUAUGGAGAAAAUUGGCAACCGACAGCAAACAAUAAUGCACGCCGCAUUGACCCGUACACUCGGUCAUGUGCGAUGCUAGGCUGUUUUUUCGCUGUUGGCUUUGUACUUAUCAUUAUUGUCGUCCUUUCGCUGAUUCCACUUUAUAUAUCUCAUAGUUCGACUGCUAUCAGUUAUGUACAAGUGCCAAAUGUUUUUGUAAAUGGUUAUACAUUAAAAUUUCGUUCACCAUGGACUAACUUUGAUACCCAUACCAUUCUUUCCGAUAGUAGUAAUCGUGAAGCAUUACAAGCAGCAUUCACAUCUAUGAUUCAAAAUGAUCCAGCACUAGCUGGCUCAAUUGUAGAAAUUCCCAGUUCUUCUACAUUGCCGAAACGAAAACGUCAACUAACAUCAAGUAUAAUUUCUUUUAGUGUUGAUAUGCACGUAAUCAGUUGUAAAUCUUGUACAUCCAUACAAUGUUUAAACCAAUUUCAAAUAAAUACAAACAAUCAAUUGACUGAUAAAAAUAGAACGCCUACGGUUCGUUAUGAACUAAACACUACCAAUGGUACAUCAUCAUCAAAAGUUUAUUGGUUAACCUAUUACCUGCCGAAUGCUGUAACAUCAAAUGCUUCGUUUGUAUCAGUCGAUCUCAAAGUUAUAUCAUCGUCAUUGGAAAAUUUAAUAAAUCUAGAUAAAACUUUAAAUCAACCAUCAGCUAAUAAUAUAACAACAUCAACAACAGCUUUUCUUGGUUAA